UGCGAUAUUGACGCUCCAUUGUCCUUUGGUUCUUGUUUCCCAAACCAACAAAACAAACCAACUUAUCUUUGUUUGUCCUCUUCUUCUUCUUCUUCAUAUACAACAACUCUUCUGAGUAUCAAAUCAUUUCAAUCAUUUGUUCCCAUCCCAAGACUUUGGUUUCAUCAUCAAGGACUGAUGGCCACCACAAGAAGAGAAACUAGUACUCCGGUGAAAGAGAAGAGGGGUACUUCCCCUUUAAAUUCAAAGCCUUCUCCAAGAAAAGCCACUUCCUCUUCCUCAACUGCUUCCGAUUCCACUGAAAAACAAUUGCCAAACUAUCUCAAGCCUACGAAGAGUUCACGCACUGAUGCUGCACUCAAGAAUUUAAAGAAACCGGGGGCCGAAGACCCUUCCCAAAGUCCAAGUGUUAUGAGAAGAAGAUCUUUUGAUAGGCCUCCCUCAGCUGCUCGAGCUCACAAGGCACUGAUCUCUCCUGUUCGACAAAAAUCAGCAUCAGCAUCAACAUCAACAUCCCCAUCUUUUUCUUCUAAAUCUGCUACUGCACCCAAGGCACCUUUGGAAAGGGUUGCCAAAAAGGCAAUUGCUGCAGCCAAACCACACACGCAGACGUUAUCUUCGUCUAGGAGGGCCCCUAAUACCACUACCUCUGCUACUACUAGAACUAGUAGGAGUAAGAGGGGAACUUCUACUCCUCCUCCGACUUCAAUGAAACCUCCAAGUAGUCCCGAUAGAAAGGAAGCUCAGUCUCCCGAAACCAAGCAUGAAAAUAAGGAAAAUGUGGACCAUCAAGUUGAGCCUGAGGAGGUUGUGAAAGAUGAUGAGGAUGAGAUGUAUGAUACCAAUUUACCAAAAGCUGAAGAGACUGCCAAUGCGGAUGCCUUGGAUGUAGAUACUAAUACUCAAGUCACAAGUGAUGCCGAUGAAGGAGGACAAGAUACGGCAGAUUUUUCUAAUGCAGUUUCACAAGAACAUAAUGAGACUGAGACAGAGCCUGAGACUGAGCCCGAGCCUCAGAGUCCGUCUGAGCAUGAGCAUGAGCCUAAGCCUGAAAAGGUGGAAGAUAAGGUUGAGGAAGGAAAACCUGAUCAUACUCAACAUGAUUGUGGGGAUAAGGAAAACCACAGCCAAGAGGAGAUCAUUGCUGGUGCAGAUCCCCAGCAGGAAAAGACUCCUCUUGAGGACCAGGAGGUGAAAACCGAAACUGAACAUGGAGAAGAAAAUGCAACUAACGAGGUUGUUGCUGCUACUAAAGAAACUGAAGAAGAACAAGAAGAAAAGCAACCAGAAAGCAGGCAGGAGGAUGCUGAUGAAGGUAACCAGCCGCAAGGCCUUGAAUCCAUUAAAGAAAAAAUGGUUAAAGAAUUAGACGCAGAGCCAGAGAAAGAGCAAAAGGCAGAGAUAGAGGCAGAGCCAGAGGCAGACCAAAAGGCAGAGACGGAGGCACAGCAAAAGACAGAGACACAGGUAGAACAAAAGACAGAUACAGAGGCAGAGCAAAAGACAGAGACAGAGGCAGAGAAAAAGACAGAGCCAAAGGCAGAGGCAAAGCAAAAGGCGGGGACGGAGGUAGCAAAUGUUGCCGCCAAAAGCCAAGUGCAAGGGAAGAAGGAACCUGCAACACCGUACAAUGAUGUGAUCGAGGAGACAGCCAGUAAGCUAGUAGCUGAAAAGAGGAGGAACAAGGUGAGAGAACUAGUUGGUGCAUUUGAGAAUGUCAUAGAUAAAGAAACUACUAACGCCAAAUGAAGUCAAUUUCGUCCAAACAACAGAAGUCAUAUAAAUUAUCUUAACUAUUCCCUGAGUUUCACUCACAUGCGUGAACCCUUUGUAUACCAUAGCUUAUACAUUUCUCAUCAUCAUCAUCAUCAUCUACAUCUACAUCACGUGGAGAAAUGAGAUUGUUGUUUAUUUUAUUUACAA